AUGAUAGUUUUUCUCUUUUUUUCUUAAAAAAAAAAACAAACAAUAUUUCCAUAUCUUUUCUUCUUCUUCUUGUUCAUAUCUAGACAGUAGACACCUCACAGCAACCAAAUACAAGAGGAAGACCCCAACCAUUUAUUAUCCUUUUACUCACUAAAAUUUUUGAUUUUUUGCCUGAUUUUCUUUCUCGCAAUGCUCGUGAAAUUAGGGUUUAUGGCCGUAUUUCUCUAAUACCUGGUGUACCGAAGCCUCGAUCAAAACCGCUGGUGCAAACUAUAAAUCAUUCCUAUUGAAUUGAAACAGGCGUGUUUCUAUCUUCCAUAUUGGAAGAGGAAGGUGAGGAUACCGUGAUGAUAGCAGUGAUGAUGCUCAGUCGCAUAUAGAGAAAGAGCCUCUUCAGAUGGGGGACACUCCCGCUUACAAGGAGUACGUCGCCGGCUUACUCGCAGGAGUUUCCACCGUCGCCAUAGGUCAUCCCUUUGACACCGUUAAGGUUAAGCUGCAAAAACACAAUACUGAAGCACAUGGUAUUCAGUACAAGAAUGGUUGGCAUUGUACUACUAGGAUACUAAGGACUGAAGGAAUUAGAGGACUUUAUAGAGGUGCUACAUCAUCUUUCGUUGGGGUGUCUUUUGAGAGUUCCCUUGUUUUUGGCAUUUAUUCCCAGACGAAACAGUUUUUGCAGGGAAGUACACAGAGUAGUGCUCCACAGCCCCAUAUAAUAAUACCAUCUGCUGCUUAUGGGGGAGCUAUUAUCAGUUUUAUAUUAUGUCCAUCAGAGCUAAUUAAGUGUAGGAUGCAAAUUCAAGGAACUGAUUCUUUGGUUCCAUUAACUAGCGGAUAUAGCGGUCCUCUUGAUUGUGCUGUUAAAACUGUAAAAAGCGAAGGGGUUAAGGGAAUCUUCCGUGGAGGCGGUGCAACAUUGCUGAGGGAAUCCAUUGGAAAUGCAGCCUUUUUCAGUGUUUACGAGUAUGUUCGCUAUCACAUGCAUUCACAACUGAAUUCUGCUUCAUCUGAUAACAGCAACUUAAUUGACGUGGGAGUUGGAAUUAUCAGUGGUGGUCUUGGUGGUAUAGCGUUUUGGUCUGCUGUCUUGCCCUUGGAUGUGGCUAAAACCAUAAUCCAGACUUCCCCAGAUAAGAACACAACACGAAAUCCCUUUCAAAUCUUGAAUUCAAUUUACAGAAGAGAUGGAAUCAAAGGAUGUUAUACAGGUUUAGGUCCCACAAUAUGCCGUGCAUUUCCUGCUAACGCAGCAGCCAUUGUCACCUGGGAGCUAGCCAUAAAACUUCUCGGCCUCAAUCGUAAUUGAUAACAAUAUUCGACCAUAUGCCAGUUAGUUACUCUCUCUAUAUAUAAAGCUCAUCUAACCUGUUUUUUGAUUCUUUAAAACUCUAAAACAUUUGUUAGUUUUCCGCUUAGAAUAUAUUUGAUCCACAAAUUGUUGAGUUAAAAGGGUUUGUUAAGCUGAAGCUAGCUCUUUUCUUCAUACAUUAGAUAUACAAUUUUUGAAAAAAGAUUAUUUGUAGUAUUUUCAUGAGGAGAUUAAUAAGACUAUCUGGAGUUUUCUGA